GCUCCGUCCGAAUCCAACAGUUGUUCCAGUAUUUUCCUCGGAGCCAGUAGGACCACUGGUUCUCCCUGGCUUCUCUGAGCACCCAACUGUUUGCUGCAUCUGCCUCCUUGAGGAGCAAAUUUGCCUCUAGCUUGCUUGGUUCGAACCUUGGGGAGAGGCUUCUCCCACCAACGGCUUAGUGCCAGAGAAGUUGAGCUCGCAGCUCCACACCGCAACAAUGGGCAAUUCCUGCUUUGGCUUCAAGGAACGCGUGCUGCAGCGACUGCAGCUUCUGCCUGCCCUGCUGAUAAUUCGCAUCUUUCUGCCACACCGAAAGGUCAAAGAUUUCCGCGUGGUGGUCGUUGGCUCCGCUGGCGUUGGCAAGAGCACCUUGGUGCAGAGGUGGGUGCGCGGCACCUUUCGCGAUGCAUAUUUGCCGACCAUUGAAGAUACCUAUCGCCAGCUAGUGGGCGGCCACCGCCGCAUGGGCGUGCUGCAAAUCACCGAUGCCACCGGGGGCCAGCGCUAUCCUGGUCUGAAGCGCCUUGCCAUUGCCAGGGGUCAUGCCUUCAUCUUAGUCUACUCGGUCACCAGAAAGGAAACCCUCGAGGAGUUGAAGCCCUUCUAUGAGCUGAUCCGCGAGAUCAAAGGAAGCAACCUGCAUAAGUUCCCUAUUGUGCUGGUGGGCAACCGAAAUGAUGAAAGCCCCAGAGAGCUGGCUCUGGCGGAUGGUGCGGCCUGCGCGCAGGAGUGGAAUUGCGCCUUCAUGGAGACCUCGGCCAAGGAAGACAUCAACGUCCAAGAGCUGUUCCGCAUGCUUCUGUACCACAACAACAAGCCCACUACCUGCCUCGAGAAGAAAUCCCGAAUGACCAAGGCCAUCGAGAAGAUGCUUGACAAGUACAUGGUCAUGUGAGCCCUGACCUUCGCAGCCCAACCUUCCUCUCCUGUAGUGUGCAGAAAACAUGGACUAAUCCCAGUGUAAUGUGUCCCAUGUGCAUCAUUGAUUUCUGUGCUGUGACCUGGACUGUAACAACUAGACGUCAAUAAAUGUACACAAGUUGAUAACUUUAUUUUUCCCAGGCAAGAGAAUUCAAUUAUUAAAGUAUUGGUACUUGAGAAGGAGGAGGGAAAAAUAAAGAAGCACCAAGCAUUAAAAAUAAGACUGUAAUGUUGUAAUUGUUAUUGUGUAUUAUUUGUAAACACUUCAAGUCCCGUAAAUGCCUGAUCAUAUCUUUCCAUUGUGUAUAUAAUCAUUAGGAAAUGUUUCCCAACAAAAGCCUUGGAAAAUUGCUGUGAAUCUGGAUAUGCUGAACAUGAUAAAAUGAAUAUUCUGUGGUUGAUGAAGACUAUGAGCAGAGAAAAUUGUAAAAGUGAAACUUGCUCAUCAAAGGUGUGCAGAUUGUCAUAUACAAAUGUUCAGAUAUACUACAUAGCAUUUUUGAAAGUGUGCAACAAUUCCUUGACUUAAUAAAGCUUUUUCGUGU